UAAUAUAAGUGUCGAAUUUUAAAUGGUGUGUUUUCUCAACAACAACAAAAAAAUUCCCCAAAUUUUAGUGUAUCUGAAUUACUAGUCCCAUUAAAUUAUUAUUUCUUUGCUAUUUCUUGUGGAUAUAAGCAUCAUGUCAGUACUAUUGACAGUUUUGAAGCUUUGUAUGUAGUGCUAUAAACAAAGAGAGAGAAAUCCAGAAUUCUAUUUUUCUUUUUUUGUGUUUUUAGUGAUAUGCCACAUUUGUCUGCAACACAUAGACAACAGUGACAGUGCAAUUCAAAUUAUGUAUGUUUUUUUUUUUUUUUUGCAUAUGAACCAAACAUGGUUUUUAUUACUUCCAGGUUUCAGAAGGUCUUGUAUAAUUCAUGUGUUUAAGAUCAGGGCGACCUCUUUCCCCCCUCAUUUUCUGUAUAAUGUUCCAUAGAGAAAUAUCCCACUGUUAAUUUCUGAAAUCCUUGACUGGAAAAAAGAGCAGAAAAGUUACAGUUGUUAUUUUCAGAAUGUUUGAUACUUCUAGUCAGUAAUUUUGUUAUGGUUAACAUGUUUUAAUUUAACAGCCAGUAAAAUUGUGAAAUGUGUUUGUCAGCUAUCCCCUUCAAAAAUAAAAGGAAAGUUAUUUAAUGUUAAAAAUAGCAUUAUGGAACAAAUUCAUCAAUUUUUGCAAAGUGUGUAUAACUAAAGUUGAAAUAUUAGCUUUUUUUUUGUUUACAUGUAGCAUAUUGAAUGGUGUAGUGAAUCUGCAAUGAGAGGCUUCUUUGUUUAGUAGCAGCACACCUUACUGGUUUAUUGUUGAUGUUAUGAAAUCCCCUUCCCCUCCCUUCCUUACUAUUUUUUUUUCAUUGGAUGAUGAUAUAUGUAAAUGCCAUGUUUAAGCAAUGAACAGAAGUGUAUUUUGCAGAUAUUUUUUCAUUAUUAUGUAUGUCAUUCCGAUUUUCAAUAUACUAAUGAUGAAACCUUAUUCAGGGCUCGUAGUAGAAAAUUGUCUUAGCUCACAGUGCAAUUUGUGUUCUUUGUGGUUGAGUGACCUUGUUGCAUCCUACUAAUGUAACUUGUUAUUAAUAUAUUUGUAGAAUUGUUCCUAGCCUUUUUGGCACUAAACUUCAGUUGUUAUUCCUCAGUUUUAAAAGCAGAAUUUUUCAAUUUAAUAUGAACCUCACCUUACAAGUCUUUCCCUACCUAGUUCUUGAUUUAAGUUGAUAUCAUUAUGUUUGUAUUUAUAAACAGAAAUUAAUUUAAAAAAUUUAAGCAUGUUUCUAAAAUGUGCUAUACUGGGUUCCUUAUGACAUUUCAAAAUUAAAAGCCAGGAAUAACGAAGUGAGCAAAUGCAGAAAAACGUGCUGUGAUGGCCAUUCAUCAAAUUUAUUGGAUGCCUGAAGCCUGGUCAAAGUAUCAGUUAUUGUUGAAAGAGUGAAAGGAUUUUUUUUUCUCUCAUUAUUUAUUUUUUUAGUAUUGUUGUCAUAUUCCCGGUAUAUGCACAGAAAGAAAGAGGUUUGAUAGAGUGUUGUGUAUCUGCAGUUUGUUGUAACUAAAUUCAUGUUAUCAAAU